AUGGAAACCGAGGCUGUGCGCUCUAUCGUGGUCAUGCUGCCUCCCAAGAACUGCCUCACGAGGAACUACAGCUGCAUAGCUGGGUUGUUCGGGAGCUUGGCAGCAGACCCGAGACUAGAAGACGUGGAGGGGAUGGAGCUGAACGGAACCAGCGAGCCCAUCGAGAUGCACCAUGUGGUGGAUGAGAGACCAAGAGGCCGGGAAUCCUUCCUCAAACCCCCGCAGAGUCCGAACCUGCGCCGGAGGUGCAAGUCUCUGCCGACCCCCAUAGAGAGAGCGAAGCUUGAGAUCUCCCGCAGCCGGAGUCCCUGCAGCCAGAAAAAGGUCCGUUUCGCCGACUCUCUGGGUCUGGAGCUCACCUCUGUGAAGCACUUCAAUGACACAGACAUGCCCGAUGUGCCAGAGCGCAUAAUGGCCACAUUCGACAGGGGUCCCCUCCACCUGAACCCCUUUGACAAGUUCCCCAGGGCACCGACCACCCAGUCCAUUUUUAUGGAGCUGCAAUUCAAGAACCCCGGGACCCUACCAGGCUUUACUGAGAAAGUGAAAGAAGUGAAAGUGUUGUUGGAGUGUGCUGAAGCCGACGAGUUCAGUCUGUCGGGCGUCGUGCGGGUUUUGAACAUGGCUUUCGAGAAAAGUGUCUAUUUGAGGUUCUCAAUCAACAACUGGAUAACCUUCAUGGACAGUCUGGCAUCAUAUGUCCCAGAAUCAAGCAACGGCGUGACAGACAAAUUCUCCUUUAAGAUAAUCACCCCAACAACGUUUCUGGAGAGCGGAGGCACAUUCCAGUUUGCCAUAAGAUACUGCGUUGGUGGAGAUGAGUAUUGGGACAAUAAUAACGGGUUCAACUACAAAGUGCGACGCCACAGGUUUAAGAUUUCUCCACCCCGUGAGUGGGAGGAUGGCUGGAUUCACUUCAUCUAA